UUUUUUUUUGGAUUUUUGACGUCACUUUUUUUUUCUUUAUCACUUCAAACGUUUGAAUUAUUUUUUGUGAUAAGUGUUGUGAUUUGUCAUAUUGCUUAUGAUGUGGUACAUCAAAGAUAUGGGGUAACUUUAUUAUGAUGGCAUGAUACGAAUCGAAAUGACAAAAUGAUUACCAGAGAUCUGAAACGGCACUGAAAGCAUAGCGGCCAGGAGGACGAGCGACAAAAGAAUGAACGCGUCGCGAACACUCGGGUUCAAUGACUCCAGCGAUGAAGUCACUUACCCACCUUCAGAGUGGUUCGACGGCAACUGCUCGUGGGUGGAUGCUGUGUCGUGGGGUUGCAAUGGUACCCUCAACGCCACCAGUGGCAACGCGACCGCCACCGACGUCACGUCGCUCGUCCUCAUGGCGGUCACGUCCGUUGUCCUCGCUCUCAUUAUUUUGGCUACUAUUGUUGGAAACGUCUUCGUGAUAGCAGCCAUCAUAAUAGAGAGAAACUUGCAAAACGUAGCCAACUAUCUUGUAGCUUCGCUGGCGGUCGCGGAUUUAAUGGUCGCCUGCCUCGUGAUGCCCCUUGGAGCUGUUUAUGAGGUUAGUCAAGGCUGGAUACUUGGUCCUGAGCUAUGUGAUAUGUGGACUUCCAGCGACGUGCUCUGCAGCUCCGCGUCUAUCCUCCAUCUUGUUGCUAUUGCUACUGAUAGGUAUUGGGCUGUGACAAAUGUUGACUAUAUACACAUAAGAAACGAGAGACGCAUCUUCACGAUGAUCUUUCUCGUUUGGGGCGCUGCACUAGUCGUCUCCCUAGCUCCUCAGCUGGGAUGGAAGGACCCUGACUACCUCGCAAGAAUAACCCAACAGCAAAAAUGUCUUGUCAGUCAAGACCUUGCAUACCAAAUCUUCGCAACGUGUUCUACCUUCUACGUUCCACUUGCAGUCAUACUGAUCUUGUAUUGGAAGAUAUUUCAAACUGCAAGGAGACGAAUCCGAAGGAGAAGAGAGCCACCGCCACCAAGACCGACUUCAGCUGACGGUGCACCACCCUCCGGAAGACCGAUUCAAUCGGCGAGAGAUAGAAGAUUUGUAAAGAAACGGUUUCUCAACUUAAAAAAGUGUAAUCAACGAACUCGCGCUGAAACGUUAGCAGCGGCACUUUUGCUAACUGAGGGUCAAAGUACAUCAACGGUCGAUACCUUAGAUGAAGAGCCUCGCACUACAGCUUUUACGAUCAAUGAAAAAGUGCCCCCAUCUGUCUCACCAGAAAAGUCUUCCUCGACCGUCACAAAUGGAUCGAAACAGGAGAGAGCUAUCGUUCCAGCUCCCUCGCAAAGAGAAAAAAAGGAAUCCCUUGAAGCAAAAAGGGAGAGGAAAGCGGCAAAGACCCUCGCAAUAAUAACUGGGGCGUUCGUCUUCUGCUGGUUACCGUUCUUCAUAAUGGCUUUAGUGAUGCCAAUUUGCCAAACGUGUGUGAUAAGCGAUUAUCUAGCGAGUUUUUUCCUCUGGCUCGGCUAUUUCAAUUCUACUCUCAACCCAGUUAUAUAUACGAUAUUUAGCCCCGACUUCCGUCAAGCGUUCGCUCGAAUUCUUUUCGGAACGCAUCGUCGCGGUCGGAAUAAAAAAUUCUAACAAAAAUGUCAUUAUUAUGUAUAUACGUGAGCCUCAAGGUUCUUGAAAUGGACUAUGUUUAUCCACUACCUGUAAAAUAUUUCGGCUUUAUGUAUGUUAUACAUACUUUAACAUCCGUAGUGUAAAUAAGUUAGUUGGAGAAUUGUAAAUAUGAAAAUAUACAUAUACAAUAGCAAUGUUGACACUUGUUUUUCAUAGUUUAUGUAGCCGCGACGACGUCGCUCGUGAGUCCAAAGCGACAUCGUCGCCCGCUCUUAUGUUGU